AUGGGCCGCCCUCGCCUCCAGAAUUCUGCCAUCAACCCGAUCCAGGAGGAACCCGCGGCCGAUGCCGCCUCUUUGGCCGUCGUCGUCGGCAGUGGCGGCCACGACGCGGCCCUCGCAUGCAUGAUCAACUCGGAGGUGAGCGCCGUCCUCGCCGUGAUGCGCCGCAACGUCCGGUGGGGCGGCCGCUACGCCUCCGCUGCCGACGACCACCAUCUCGAGCACUCCCUCGUCCAGUCCCUCAAGUCCCUCCGCCGGCAGGUCUUCUCCUGGGGGGACACCCGCCGCCCGUGGAAAGCCGUCGACCCCUCGGCCUACCUUGGCCCCUUCCUCGACGUGAUCCGCUCCGACGAGACCGGCGCUCCCAUCACCGGCGUUGCCCUCUCCUCCGUCUACAAGAUCCUCACCCUCGAGGUGCUCGACCAGCGAGCUCCCGGUGCCGAGGCCGCUGUGCACGCCCUUGUCGAUGCCGUCACGAGCUGCCGGUUCGAGGUGACCGAUCCUGCCUCGGAGGAGGCCGUGCUGAUGAAGAUCCUGCAGGUGCUGCUCGCGUGCAUGAGAAGCCGGGCGUCGGCGCUGCUCAGCAACCAGCAUGUGUGCACGAUCGUGAACACGUGCUUCCGGGUCGUCCACCAGGCUGGUACCAAGGGGGAGCUGCUGCAGAGGUUCUCCCGCCACACAAUGCAUGAGCUUAUCCGAUGCAUCUUCUCGCACUUGCCUGGUGUCGGAGAUGGCGCAGAGAUUGGUGGGGUCGACAAGCAUCGGGCUGCUGGGAUCAAGCAAGUGGAGAAUGGAAAUGGAAGCGCCAGCUCUGUGACUGACUCUGGAGAUGAUAAUUUUGUAGGGGGGGUGGAGGUGCCGAACGGUGUAAGAAUCAUGGUGGAGCCAUAUGGAAUUCCUUGCAUGGUAGAGGUCUUUCACUUCUUGUGUUCUCUUUUGAACAUUGCUGAGCAAAUUGGGUUAAGUCCUACGCCCAAUACUAUUGCUUUUGACGAGGAUGUGCCACUUUUUGCGCUUGGGUUGAUCAAUUCAGCCAUUGAGCUGGGAGGUCCUUCUAUAUGUAAGCACGCAAAACUGCUAGCUUUGGUGCAAGACGAGCUCUUCCGGAAUCUGAUGCAGUUUGGUUUAUCAAUGAGCCCACUUAUUUUAUCGAUGGUUUGUAGCAUUGUUCUGAAUCUUUACCAACACUUGCGAACAGAGCUGAAAUUGCAGCUGGAGGCAUUCUUCUCGUGUGUGAUAUUGAGGCUUGCACAGAGCCGGUAUGGGGCUAGCUAUCAUCAGCAGGAGGUUGCCAUGGAGGCUCUUGUGGACUUCUGCCGGCAGAAGACUUUUAUGGCAGAGAUGUAUGCUAACUUGGAUUGUGAUGUAACCUGCAGCAACGUGUUUGAAGACCUUGCCAACCUUCUUUCAAAGAGUGCAUUUCCAGUGAACUGCCCAUUGUCUUCAAUGCAUGUUCUUGCCUUGGAUGGUCUGAUUGCAGUGAUUCAGGGAAUGGCCGAUAGAAUAGGCAAUGCACCUCCACGUUCAGAAGAACCUAUGGAGCUUGAGGAAUAUACUCCAUUUUGGACAGUCAAGUGUGAGGAUUAUUCUGAUCCUGACCAUUGGGUUAAGUUUGUUCGGUGCAGGAAGUAUAUCAAGAGGAGGCUGAUGAUUGGUGCUGAUCACUUCAACAGGGACCCAAAGAAAGGGUUGGAGUUUCUGCAAGGAACCCAUCUCUUACCUGAAAAGCUCGACCCCCAGAGUGUGGCAUGCUUUUUCAGAUACACUGCUGGCUUGGAUAAGAACCUUGUCGGGGAUUUCUUAGGCAACCAUGACGAGUUUUGUGUUCAGGUUCUUCACGAAUUUGCUGGGACCUUUGAUUUCCAGGACAUGAAUCUUGAUACUGCUUUGAGGCUCUUUCUGGAGACAUUCCGGCUGCCAGGUGAAUCGCAGAAGAUACAGAGAGUUCUUGAGGCUUUCUCAGAGAGAUACUUUGAACAGUCACCACAAAUUCUUGUCAACAAGGAUGCUGCCCUCUUGCUGUCAUACUCGCUUAUCUUGCUUAACACGGAUCAGCACAAUGUGCAAGUGAAGAAGAAGAUGACUGAAGAGGACUUCAUUCGGAACAACCGCCACAUAAAUGGUGGGCAUGACCUCCCAAGGGAAUUCUUGUCAGAGCUCUACCAUUCAAUCUGCAGGAAUGAGAUAAGAACCAUCCCUGAGCAAGGCAUUGGUUUUCUUGAGAUGUCUCCCAGUCGUUGGAUUGACCUGAUGAGGAAGUCGAAGAAAACAUCUCCAUACAUUGUCUGUGAUUCUCGGCCAUACCUUGAUCAUGACAUGUUCGCCAUCAUGUCGGGCCCUACUAUUGCUGCAAUAUCGGUGGUGUUUGAUUAUGCAGAACAUGAAGAAGUUUUUCUAACAUGUGUAGAUGGGUUCCUAGCUGUUGCAAAGAUAUCUUCCUUCCAUCAUCUUGAGGAUGUAUUGGAUGAUCUAGUUGUGUCCCUCUGCAAAUUUACAACCCUUUUGAACACUUCUUUGGUUGAGGAACCGGUCAUGGCCUUUGGCGAUGACACCAAAGCUAGGUUAGCAACAGAGACAGUUUUCAACAUAGCUAAUAGGUAUGGUGACCAUAUACGCACUGGCUGGAGAAAUAUGCUGGACUGCAUCUUAAGGCUACACAAGCUUGGCCUUCUUCCCGCUCGUGUUGCUAGUGAUGCAGCUGAUGAUUCAGAAUUGCCUUUGGAUCCGAAUCAAGGGAAGCCUGCUCCCAGCUCUCUUUCCAUGUCUCAUGUUCCAGUUAUGGGUACCCCUCGUAGAUCCUCGGGGUUAAUGGGAAGGUUUAGCCAACUCUUAUCUCUUGACACAGAAGAACCAAGAUCACAGCCAACUGAACAACAACUUGCUGCUCACCAAAGAACUCUUCAAACAAUACAGAAGUGCCACAUAGACACUAUAUUCACAGAAAGCAAGUUCCUACAAGCUGAUUCACUGUUGCAUCUUGCCAGGGCACUAAUUUGGGCAGCUGGCCGGCCUCAGAAGGUAACCAGCUCACCUGAUGAUGAAGACACAGCAGUUUUUUGCUUGGAGCUGCUAAUUGCCAUUACAUUGAACAACCGAGAUAGAAUUGUGCUUCUCUGGCAGGGUGUUUAUGAGCACAUUGCCAGUAUAGUUCAGUCUACUCUGAUGCCAUGUGCACUUGUGGAGAAGGCAGUUUUUGGACUACUCCGCAUUUGCCAGAGGUUACUGCCCUACAAAGAGAACCUGGCUGAUGAGCUCUUAAGGUCACUGCAGUUGGUUUUGAAGCUUGAUGCCCGUGUAGCAGAUGCUUAUUGUGAGAACAUCACACAAGAAGUCACACGCCUAGUUAAGGCAAAUGCUACUCAUAUAAAAUCUCAGAUGGGUUGGCGGACUAUCACAUCCUUGCUUUCCAUCACAGCUCGCCAUCCAGAGGCUUCAGAAGUAGGGUUUGAGGCAUUGGUGUUUAUCAUGUCCGAAGGGGCUCACCUUUCACCAGCCAAUUAUAUUCUGUGUGUAGAAGCCUCAAGACAGUUUGCAGAUUCUCGGGUUGGACUAACAGAUAGAUCUGUCCAUGCAUUGGAUCUGAUGGCGGAAUCCCUGAAUUCUUUAACUCGCUGGUCUCGUGAGACUAGGGAAGCAGGCCAAGAAGCUGAGAAGAUAUCAGAAGGAAUCAGGGAGAUGUGGCUCAGGUUGGUGCAAGCAUUGAGGAAAGUGUGCCUGGAUCAAAGAGAGGAAGUGAGGAAUCAUGCCCUGUUGUCAUUGCAGAGAUGCCUGGUGGGAGCAGAAGGAAUUUCCCUCUCAUCAUCAUCUUGGACACAGGCUUUUGAUCCUGUUAUAUUCACAAUGCUGGAUGACUUGCUGGAGAUUGCUCAAAAUCAUUCGCAAAAAGAUUACCGGAACAUGGAGGGAACCCUUUUGCAUGCCAUGAAGUUACUUUCCAAGGUCUUUUUGCAGCUGUUACAAGAACUCCAUGGACUGAGCAGCUUCUGCAAGCUGUGGCUGGGAGUUCUUAGCAGGAUGGAGAAGUACAUGAAGGUUAAGCUGAGAGGCAAGCGAAGUGAGAAGCUGCAAGAAUUGAUCCCGGAGCUCCUUAAAAACACACUGCUUGUGAUGAAGGCACGUGGGAUCCUUGCAAAGAGGAGCACAAUAGGUGGAGAUAGUUUGUGGGAGUUAACAUGGCUUCAUGUAAACAACAUUGCUCCAUCUUUGCAGUCACAAGUGUUCGCAGGACAGGAAUUGGAGCAGGAGGUGGAUGCCAAGCCAAAGGAAUCUGGUACUCCUAUAGAACCUAACAGCAGUAGUUCUAGGCCCCAGGACGAGGCACCAGCAGAUCAGUCUGGAGGCUAAGAUCAUGUUUGAUGAGUUUGGUUUGUAAAACUUAUGAAAAUCUUCUAUGAAGCAAAAUUUAGUGGCCACUGCUGCAAGGUAAAGAGGAAAUAGAUUGGUGAGUACCCUGCAGGUAUCAUAUAUACAAUUUUUUGUGUGGUUUCUUGUAAUUUUUUGACCGUCAGCUACUCUUAUCUUGUUUAUAACGGGUGUCAUUGCUUUUUGUCCAUGAAAGCACGACGUUAGAUCCUAAUGUUGCUCCGACAUCUGAGACUUAGUUGUUUCUUUUUAUGUUUUUAUGUGAGUAUUUGCAAGUGUUCAUUGGAACAGUGGAUGUUGUAAAAUUCUUUUUUGGAGGUUCUAGAUGAACUUAGAAUAUGGAUAGAUUUUUGCUUUGCCAAAGCAAACUAUACAA